AUGAUGGUCAAUUUGACAUACUCCUGGCCUUCUGCCUUUGUGUUGCAAGGCAUCCCAGGGUUGGAGGCAUAUCACAGGUGGUUCUCAGUGCUAGUCUGCAUCAGCUAUGUGAUCAUUAUUACUGGGAACUGCAUCAUUUUACUAGUGAUAGUAUCAGAACCAGCACUCCACAGGCCCAUGUUCUACUUGCUCUGCAUGCUGUCCACUAUUGACUUAGCAGCCUCCACCUCUGCAUUGCCCAAGAUGCUUUGCAUCUUCUGUCUCCAGGCUGGGGAGAUCCAGGUUGAUAGCUGCCUGAUCCAGAUGUUCUUUAUCCAUGCGUUAUGUAUGAUGGCAUCAGCAGUGCUCUUGGCCAUGGCUCUAGAUCGUUACGUGGCCAUCUGCUUCCCUCUCAGAUACACUUCUUUCUUCACGGGCUCACUAGCUGCCAAGAUGGGGGUAGCAAGUGUUGUCAGGGGAACCCUGUUGAUGUCUCCAUGUCCUUUCCUGAUGAAAAGGCUGUCCUUCUGUCGGACAAAUGUUAUUCAGCAUACUUACUGUGAGCACAUGGCUGUGGUGAAGUUGGCCUGUGGAGACACCAGCAUCAACCGUGCCUACGGGCUAAGUGUGGCCCUGAUCGUCAUUGGAGGGGACUUUCUAUGCAUUGGCCUCUCUUACUUCUUCAUUGUCCGUGCAGUGCUCCGUCUUUCUUCCAUUGAGGCCAGGUUCAAGGCCUUUGGCACCUGUGCUUCCCACCUCUGUGUCAUCUUCAUCUCUUAUACCCCAGCACUCUUCUCUUUUUUCACCCACCGCUUUGGCCACAAUGUCACUCCCCAUAUUCAUAUCCUACUGGCCAACCUUUACCUUCUCUUUCCUCCUAUGUUGAAUCCCAUUGUGUAUGGAGUGAGAACCAAGGAGAUUCGGGAACAGAUCAUUAGAAUAUUUCUGCCAAGCAGGAACAUGGUCAAAUCCAGAUCUGUCUGA